CGUUAGUGGUUAAGAAGAUAAUUGUGAGGUUGUGACAAGCGAGGCAUGGAAAGGAAAGCCGGUGGAUUCAGUGAAGAGGAUAAAAAGAUUUCUUGCAAAGCGGUCAGCCAGAACUUGUUUUUAAAAAAGCUGCUCUGGAACAGAGCAAGAAGGAUAUUAUUUUUUUUCCCCAAAAAAAUUUGGGCCGAAGGAAGACUGCGACGAAAGCCGGCGGUUCCAUCGUCAGCAAGAAUUUGCCAGGAAUUUUGCAGCCACGAAGAACCAUCUUGGGUGUGAGGGGAAUCUCUGAUCUCCGAAUUUCCUGAUUUUGGCAUUUUUGCGGGGUGGUGGUGGUGGAAAUUAUGGCGUCGGUGACAAUCCAGCUUGUUGCUUUGGUCUGUUUGCUGGCCGUGGCCAAGACAGCAACGGGAAGCCGGGACUGCCAUCGGAAGUAUUUCGACGACGACAGAAUGGUCUGUGUGUGCAACAGUACGUAUUGCGACACCCAAGAUCCCGUCCUUCUCCCUCCUUUGGGUCAGUUUGUCGUGUACGAAAGCAGCAAAUCUGGGAAGCGGCUGGAGCGCAGAGAAGGUCGUUUCCAGAACAAAACAACCAAUCCAGAUAUUCUUCUGAUUUUGGAGACGGAUCAGCGGUAUCAAAGAAUAAAAGGAUUUGGGGGCUCCGUCACCGAUGCAGCCUCCAUCAACAUCCUGGCUCUCUCGCCGAACGCCCAGAAAAAUUUACUCCGUUCUUACUUCUCGGACGAAGGGAUUGAAUACAAUAUUGUGCGUAUGCCCAUGGCGAGUUGUGACUUCUCUGUCCGGCCAUACACCUACGAUGAUUUUCCGUAUGACUACGAGUUGAAGAAUUUCAGCCUGGUUGCAGAAGACUUACUAAUGAAAAUCCCCAUCAUCCAUCGGGCCAAGGCUAUGUCAAAGAGGCCCAUCUCCCUUAUGGCCAGUCCGUGGACGGCUCCGAUUUGGAUGAAGACCAACGAGGACUGGAAAGGAAAGGGUUGGCUGAAGGGGCAGGCAGGGGAUUCCAUCCACAAAACCUGGGCUUCCUAUUUUGUCAGGUUCCUCGAUGAAUAUGCCAAGCAGAAUUUAACCUUUUGGGCUAUCACCGCUCAGAACGAACCUUCCUCUGGAUUUGUGAAAAAUUAUCCUUUCCAGACAAUGGGAUUCACCGCGGAAUCACAACGUGAAUUCAUUGCCUUGGAUCUUGGCCCAGCCUUGGCCAAAAGUUCGCACAAGAACAUCCAGUUAAUCACCUUAGAUGACAACCGGUUUCAUCUCCCGAAAUGGGCCAAAGAGGUGUUGAGCAGUGAGAGCCAAGCCUAUCGCUACAUUCACGGCAUUGGCCUCCACUGGUACAUGGACUUCAUCAGCUCCAUCGAGGGGACAGUAGAAGCCACCCAGCAUCUCUUCCCUGACUAUUUUUUGAUUGCCACCGAAGCCUGCGCUGGAUCUUUCUUUUGGGAACAGGACGUUAUCCUGGGCUCCUGGGAUCGAGGCGAGGACUACAGCCAUAGCAUCUUGGAGAACUUGAAUCACCACGUCGUCGGUUGGAUCGAUUGGAACCUGGCCCUGGAUUUACAAGGGGGACCAAACUGGGUGAAGAACUAUGUGGAUAGUCCCAUCCUUGUGGACGCCAGCAGCGACAGCUUCUACAAGCAGCCCAUGUUCUAUCACCUGGGGCACUUCAGCAAGUUCAUUGUUGAAGGAUCUCAGUGCGUUGGGCUGACGGUGGUUAAAACUUACUUUAGUUGCAACCUGGAACACGUCGCGGUGCUUCGUCCCGAUGGAUCGGCAGUAGUGGUGGUCCUUAACCGGUCUUCGUUCAACCUCACCUUUGGAAUUUCCGACUCGGUUGGUUUUAUUUCCACCCAAAUUCCCGCCAACUCCAUCCAGACGUAUCUCUGGCGGCGCCAGUAAGAAGGGAGUUUUUUAUACGGAGUACCAGUAGCCAGAAUAGCUUACUAACCCUCUUGGGAGACGAGAUGGCGGCUCAGCCCAGUGCGUUGCGUUCUUCUAGGAGAUAAACCUUGACCAUGAUUGAAGAAGCAGACCUUUGAGGCUUGCCGGCAUGAACAAAACCACGAUUCCUGAAGUCUUUAUCGAUAGAUGGUUCAAAUGAACCAAAACCAAGAUGCUCCUUCAAAUUUUCUGCCUGGGAAUUUCUUGGCAAGACUGCUGACUUCAAUGCUGUGUGGAAGUGCACUUCAUUAAGCCUCUAAUCCUGGCUUACAAGCCACAGGAACAAUUAACCACCACCGGCUGCCUGCAAGCCAAGUGAUGACUUUCAUCUCAUGGAGUUCAACCUGGGUGAGGUGUGCUGAGUCCAUCUUGUUCCAGAUGCUUAGCUACUUCGUGGUCAGCAUUUCAAAUUAAGCAGUUGGGAUCAUUAUUAAUCUGGGUUGUUGUUGUUGUUGUUUUCAUUUUCCAUCUUCAAAUUAUUUCCGGUGUAACUGACAACGUGACACCGAAACUUAGCUGAUUAUAUUUGCUAAGAUCUGCCUUUCUUCAGCUUCAGAUUAACAUGUCCUGCACAAGGGAGGAUUAAAUGACCUUGUGGCUUAUUA